AUGGCCCUCCCCGGCAUGCUCUACGUCACCAUGGCGCCCAAGCCGGGCCUCUCGCUCGACCAGUUCCACGAGUGGUACAACAACGAGCACGGUCCGACGCGCCUGCGCCUUCCGGCCAUCUUUGCUAACGGGCUGCGGUACCAGGCCACCGACGGGCUCGACCCGCCCUUUCUGGCCGCCUAUGACGUCCGCGACCUCGCGCUGCUGAACACGGCCACGUACCUGGACCUUCGGGCGAACCGGAGCCCACGUGAGGCCGAGACGAUCGGCCAGGUGGCCGUUACGCGCUACUUCUUCCGCGAGGUCCUGACGCAGCAGGCGCCCGGCUUUGUGGCAUCCGAGGACCUGCCGGUCGACGACGACACAGCAGCCGGCCGCGUGCUGGUCUCGGUCGAGCUGACGCUCAACACGGCCGACGCCGAAGCAGCCACCGCGCUAGAGCGCUGGUACGAGGAGGAGCACUUUCCGCAGCUGGCCCGCGUGCCCGGUUGGCUGCGCAGCCGGCUAUACCGGACCUGGGGCGAGGACGCCGACACGGACGCGGCCAAGUCGGCCAUCCGGCUCUUCUCGCUGCACGAGUACGCCCGCGACAACGGGCUGGGCGGACCCGAGCACACGGCCUCGAUGGCGACACCACGAUGCGUCAACCUGCUUGCCCGCUAUGUCGCCGGCAAGUCUCGUCGCACCUAUGGCCUCUUCUACAUCUUUGGACCGGCACCGCGUGACCUGACUUCGCUGGCUGCCUUGCCGGCAACGCGGGCCUUUUGCUCGGCCGACAAAAAGACGAGGACGCUUCCGACCGUGCCGGCCAUACACUCAUUCGUCACGCUGCCUCAUGACGGUCUCGAGAUCCCGUACGUGCUCGAGGGCAACCCGGCUGCCGAUGCGCCCACCAUCGCCUUCUGCAACUCGCUGCUGACGUCGCUGCACAUGUGGGACGACCUCGUCGCUCUCUUGCGUGCCGCUCGGCCGCAAUACCGCAUCCUUCGUUACGAUGCUCGCGGUCGUCACAGCCUGCCGCCCGCUGCCGCCGUGCCGGCAACGCUGCCUCGCCUCGCCGAUGACCUCGCGGCUCUGCUCGCAGCCCUCCGCAUUCCACGGCUGCAUGCGCUCGUCGGCGUGUCCCAGGGUGGUGCCACAACGCUGCAGUUCGGCCUCCGCCACCCCGAACUUGCUGGCCGUCUCGUCGCCUGCGACUUCAACGUCGCUAGCAGCCCUGCCAACACGCAGGCCUGGAAGGACCGCAUCGCCCUGGCCGAGAGCGACGCCGGCUCUGGCCCGGGCUCUGGCAUUCACACGCUCGCCCCUGCCACCGUCGCCCGUUGGUUUGAUGCCUACACCCUCGAGCAUCGCCCCCAGGUCGUCGCCCACAUGACCGCCAUGGUCGCUGCCAACGCCAUCGAUGGCUUCCGCUAUGGCUGCCAGGCCCUCUGGGACUACGACAUGCGCGCCCAGGCUCCCACCCUCAAGCCUACCACCCUGCUUGUUGCCGGUGCCGGUGAUGGCGGCAAGGAGGGCAAGCUCGCCAAGGCCAUGAAAGGCUUCCGUGCUUCCAUCGGCCCCACCGGUGCUGACUUCCGCAUCGUCGCCCAGGCCGGCCAUUUGCCCAUGUACGAAAACCCAUCCGCCUUCUGGGCUGCCAUCGAGCACUUUUUGUAG